CUUCCAUCAACUUCAGGACCCCUUUUUUUUUGGUGUAAAAAAACUUCAGGAAUUAAUUGCUCAAAAUAAUUCAACUGCCAGCUCAAUCGCCUGUAACCUUCCCUUCACUUGAAUAACUGCUCAGCGUGCAAUCCUCGGAAUGAGGUGAUUAUGCAACAUUAGAAGAGGGAGGGUACUCCUACAUGGAAUUGGCAGCAGCAACUUCUCUAUCUGCUUCUUGUUCUUCUUCACCAAUUACUGGGUCAUGGAGAACGGCAUUUCUAUCCCUGAGGGACGAAACCCAGUCCCUACCUUCCCUCCGACAAUCUCAUAUCCAAACCAUCCUUCAACUCCUCAACCGUUUCAUUUUCUCCCAAGCCGAUAAUUUAAUUCAUGUUGCUUCCCUCCUGCCCCCUGACGAGGUUGGAGCGGAUAUUAUGCUUUUGAUGGAAUUGGCUCGGAAUAUUUCUGAUGAUGCUGCUGCAGAUUUUGACGAUGUCACUCAAUCCUUCAUUCAAUUAUCCAAUUUUAUACAUGGCACCAUCUCUCGUGUUUCUUUCAAAUUGGAUGCAGCAUCUUGGGUUUUAUCACUUGACUGCUUCAGGAGAGUAGUGAAGGCUUUUCUUGGAAAAGCUAAAAUGAAUGCUGCUUUUAUAGAAAAUGCUUCUGUCAUCAGCGCAAUAAAACACUGUCUACAGUCUUCUAGGUUACUUUUUGGUGUUUGUCAGAGAACAAACUUGUCAUCAGGAAAUAAAGAACUGCUAGAGUUCCUUCACGUUGUUAUUGCUUGCUUUCAAAUGGAGUCACUUUACUCAUCUUGCUCAAGUGGCAACAGGAAAGUAUCUAAAAAUCAAUGUGUUUGGGAAGUCCAGAAUACUGCUUUCUCCAUAAUUGGUGAAGUAUACUUGAAGGUUGGCAAGUCAUUACAUAUUGACAUUUGGGAAUCAACAAUUAAGGUUCUUAGACACGUGAUGGAUUUCUUAGCUUCUAAUGGCCCUCUUGCAGAAGACAGUGUGAUGGCCACGUUUUACAACUCAGCUCUGCAUUGCUUACACAUGGUUCUUGUAGAUUCUAAAGGAUCUCUGUCAGCCCAUGUGGCUGGUUUUGUAGCAGCAUUGAGGUUGUUUUUAAGCUAUGGUGUUGCCAAUAGAAACCGUUUUGUAUCACCAGAGGCUGGUCAAGGGAAGGAACUUAUUUCUUCCUCAAAAAACCUAGAAAUGGCAGAAUUAAGUAAAUCAGGCUCUGUCCCUUAUAGACCACCACACUUGAGGAAGAGGGAAUUGAAGAAUUUGCAGCGGAAAGAUGAGGAAUCUCUUUCUUCUGCAGGACUUGAAUCUUCAACAGGAUAUCAUGUAUCCUCUGAUUCAGAUUACAGUGAUGGUGAUGGAUCAGCACGGGAUCUUAGCAUUGUUCGUUGUGACAAGACAAGACUAGCUGCCAUUAUUUGCUUACAGGAUCUUUGUAGAGCUGAUCCUAAAUCAUUUGCUACCCAAUGGACAAUGCUUUUGCCCCAAAGUGAUGUUCUACAGCCAAGGAAGCAUGAAGCAACUUUGAUCAGUUGCCUGCUGUUUGAUCCUUACAUAAAGGCACGGCUUGCGUCUGCCUCUACUAUUACUGCGAUGCUUGAUGGACCUGCAUCGGUUUUCCUACAGGUUGCAGAAUUUAAAGAUACCACAAAGCGUGGAUCAUUUACAGCGCUUUCCAGCUCCCUUGGUCAGAUCUUAAUGCAGCUUCAUUCAGGCACUCUGUACUUAGUGAAACAUGAAAAGCAUGGGGGAUUACUGGCGUCCCUGUUCAAAAUUCUGACACCUUUGAUAUCAUCUACUCCAUAUUCAAGAAUGCCCCCAGGGUUGCUGCUGACAGUUAUCUCUUCGGUUCGAGAAAGGAUCGAAGAUGGCUUCUUAGUUCGAAUUGACCAGACAAGCCUACUGGCUGCAGCUUUUGAUUGCUUAACGGUAGCUUUGUCUGUCUCACCCCCCUCAGUUCAAGUCAAACAUAUGCUUUUAGAGGAAGUUGGAAGAGGUUUUCUUGAGGUGCAAAAGAAGCCUGGACUGUUAUAUGCAUUAUUUUCGUAUUCUGAACCAUUCAGGAGCCCAUCUAUAAGCUUUGAAUCACUACAGGCCCUUAGAGCUGUGGCACAUAAUUAUCCGAGUGCAAUGUUUUCAUGUUGGAAAGAGGUGUCCUCUAUUGUGUAUGCAUUUUUGAGAUAUACCCCCGAUGUACAAGCAAGAUUGCAGAAGAUUAAUGCUGGAUGCACUGGUGGGCCUAGCUGGGAGAAAGUAAUUACAGCUGCAGUCAAGGUUUUUGAUGAAUGCCUUCGUGCAAUUUCUGGAUUUAAAGGCACUGAGGAUCUUUCAGAUGAUAGACUUCUUGAUGACCCAUUUACAUCUGAUUAUAUGAAAAUAAAGACAAUUUCAUCUGCUCCAUUUUAUGGAUCUGAGAGCCCGGCUUCCCCUACUUAUGAAGUUAAUUUAUUCCCUCGGGGGUGUGAGCAGUGGUCUGAAGCAAUAGCCAAGCAUAUGCCUCUUAUUCUUAGACAUUCUUCUGCUGUGGUAAGGGCUGCAUCAGUAACUUGUUUUGCUGGAUUGACUUCACCUGUUUUCAUGUCACUUCACCAAGCUGAACAGGACUUUAUUCUUAGUUCUUCUGUAGAUGCUGCCCUGAGUGAUGAGGUUCCUUCAGUAAGGUCGGCUGCUUGUCGUGCUAUUGGUGUUAUUGCUUGUUUUCCGCAAGUAAUCCAGAGUGAAGAGAUCCUUGACAAGCUUGUCUAUGCUGUGGUGCAUAACACGAAUGAUUCGCUUGUCUCAGUGCGCAUUACAGCCUCAUGGGCUUUAGCAAACAUAUGUGAUUCUCUCCGCCACUGUGUUGAUUUGCCUAGUUUUACAAGUGGUUCAGGAGAUUCAAAGGGGAGCUCUGAAUUGAUUUCUAUCCUUAUUAAUAGUGCUUUGCAUCUAUCGAAAGACAAUGACAAGAUUAAAGCAAAUGCUGUCAGAGCUUUGGGGAACCUUGCAGGAUUUGUCCCAUUUUCUGGUGAUUUAGUUAAUUGUAAUGAGGGAUUGGGUCCUAAAUCCAAACCUCUAAUCAAUUCAAGUGUCAAGCAUUUAUCCAAGCGAGAGAAUCUUUAUCAGAAUUCAAAGUCAUUCCAACCAGGCACUUCUACAUCUUCAGAUUGGCUAGAAAAAAUGGUGCAAGCAUUUGUUUCUUGUGUUACAACUGGAAAUGUAAAGGUUCAGUGGAACGUUUGCCAUGCAUUGAGCAAUUUGUUUGUCAAUAAAACAUUGGAAUUGCAUGACAAGGAUUGGGCUCCAGCUGUUUUUAGUAUUCUUUUACUGCUUGUGCGUGAUUCUGCGAAUUUUAAGAUCAGGAUACAAGCUGUCACUGCUUUGGCUGUUCCAAGUACAGUAGAUGAUUAUGGCAGAUCCUUCUAUGAUGUCCUUCAAGGUGUGGUGAAUGUAUCAGAGAAUCUAAAUUCCGACAAAAUAUCAUCACCAUCUAAUUUUAAGUAUAAAGUUGCACUGGAAAAUCAG